AUUAGAAAUAGAGCAGUAUUGAAAUUGAUACAUGAAGUUGUUUUUAUGUGCAUGUAACGAACUACUGUUUUGAAAUUAAAUCAAGAACGUUGAAGUAUUUAAUACUACGAAUAAACUAGUACACAUGGAAGAGCUGGAUCGUUAUCUGUCGGGCUUGUUAAAUCAUGUCGUGGGCAGUCAUCAGUUUUGUGGGUGUUGUUCAAACGACAUCUAGUGACGACAGCUUCGGUUGAAAAUAUAAAGUAGUUACCGCAGUCAUUGACAUUAUUGAGCACUUGGCGACAUAAUUAUAUGGAUCGGGAAGGAGAGUUGGAAUAUAUAUUGCCUGAUUAUAUCGCAACGUUUAGAUUAUUUAGAAACAAUAGAUUGAACCGGAAUCAAGAGACUAUCGAUAUCAGCAACAAGUUGCGCAUAAAGUACAUGUUUUUGGAAUAGGGGGACGUCCGAUCCCAAACACAGCUCAUACAUUUCACGUACAAAUAUGAAAUAUGGAUUUUUGAAUAACUGAAAUAUUAAUAACCAUCGCAUCGAUAUUUCAUUGUUCAGACAAAAUAACCCACAAAUAUAGCGACGAGAGAAAUAAUAGCCACGGAGUGUAUAUAAAAAUUCUUCCUUAAACAUACCAGGAACACAACCCAUGGUUUGAGGAAUUUUUGUUUGAUGCUCCUCUUAGAUUAAGAAUCACGUUCGGUGAUUUAAUGCAGUACAUGGACAGGAUUUAAAUAAACAUAUGUAUAAGAACAAUAUUCCAUCAUAAAUAGUUAAAGGCGACACUAGUCCACGGAUUCGAAUAGAUAAUAUUAAGUUCAGAGAUUUGUUGAAUCGUCGUUAAUAAGAAAGUGACUAUCAGCAAUAUAAGGAACCCAUUGUGACGUAUACAUACCAAAACGAGGCAGUCUAAACAUGGGCUGUUACGGAUGGAUCGUCUGCUUCCAAAUAUAUAUUGGACUCUUCCAAGGGGUAUCAGGACGAUACAUUGAUCCCGUCUACAAUGCACACAGGGGGACAACUCCCGUGGUUCUCAAUUCUUCUGACCCAGACUCCCUGGUUCAACCAAUCAACAAGACCCUCAUAUCUCAAUGGUCAUGUCAGUUGUAUCCUGUUACCCCCGGGAUAGCGGAGACUGUUCACGAAAUGACGAGCCUCUUUGGUGGUAUACCUUCCGUCGUAAUCAAAUACAACAUCAAACUAUCAAACUAUACUGCAGACGAUGACCCUCUUGCUAUGAACCUAAGUCACAGUUAUAAACCCAAUAUCUGGUACAGAAUUGCCGGCAAGAAAGGAAAGACGCUGCUCUCUUUGGCCUUCAACUAUAAGAUUCUCUCCCUUGGUCUUCUCGCAGUCGGCGUUGAGAGUUUGGAUAUUGAACUGCGAGAUGUACCAAAAGGUUGCAUGCGAGGGUUGACAGAGCCUCAAAAGAUCUGGUUAUUGAGGAAUUUAAUGCUGAAAGAUUUUCUUGUAAACACGACGGAAUCAACACUCUUAGAAAGGGAGUCGGUGUGUAACCGUCAAAUCAGGAACUCUGGGGCCUAUGGGUUCAUCACACAUUCGUGCUGCAGAGAGAACUAUGGGGGUCAGUUGGAAUGCGAAGAGCACGAUCCUUACGGAGACUUCUGGGUGUGGACGAUUUAUUGUUUAAUCACGUUACUAAAAGUAAGCAUAUUGCUGUUUGGACCGAGUAAACUCCCCGCAGCUUUUAAAGGACUGCUCGUAGUGCAACCGCCUGAAUAUGUUGUAAAAUUGAAGAAACCACUUGAAAAAACGAUAUUCAUCACAAAUGAUAAGAUAUCAUACCGAGUGUUCCCGCCUAAAGACGGCCGCUCGGGUAGAUUCCACGAACGUAAGCCUAUCGUUCCUCAUAAAUUCCUACUCGAUAACCCAGAAAUGGAAGGUUUUAAACACUUUCGGGAAUGCGUGGAUAUGCUGCCGAAAAACACUCCUAUUAAAGUAAAAAUCGAUCAAUUUGAUAUCAAGGUGGAUAUGAAACAACUCAUUCCUGAAAACAGUGUUCCAGUUGGUUUGAAGCAUUCCAUCUACCGUGCUUUAUGCCUGUGUAAGAUAAGGGAACAAGAACCAUUUAACGACUGCUGUGAUACGAGUAUCUGGGGCCGUUGCAAUGAGUCUCACCUAGACGCCCCUUGGCUUUCUUUCUUCAAGAAGUUUGGCCAAGUUCUCAUAUCACUCGCCAUUCCAAUCCCUUUUUAUAUCCGUUUGUACUUUUAUAACAACUAUGAAGAUGACGAAUUAAACGCGAGAAGGGAAGCGUAUUCGCGCCUUGGACUGUUGAUGCCUUAUCGAUUUAACCUGCUUCAGUAUCUUGGUCCUGGUCACGGUUUCUUUGUUAUCAUAUACAUUGGGUACAUCUUAAUUGUCGGCUAUAACGUCUUCUUCAGUCAUUCCAAAAACGGGACCAUGACAAGAAUCACCAAGUCAUCUUUUAAAGACAUGGCGCAGAUAUCAUAUUUAAGGGCGUUAACGUUUUUCGUCCGAGUCUUGAUUUGGCCGUAUAAACGAUAUGGAAUGUUUGGAGUACUGUUGACACCAUUCUAUUUGAUUUUGGCGAUUCCAUUUAUUCUCUUCGUUUUCAUUAUUUAUUGCAUACCUCUUGUGUACUUAACAUGGCGAAUUAUUGCGCAUGCGCACAAAAAUGCAUUUACACGAUGCCCUGUGGAAGAUAAUGUGAUAGGUGAAAGCGAAGAAGACAUAAAUGUAAUGUCUUUUAACGUCGAGACAAAAGACAAUAUGAAAGCGCUAAAACGCAGAGCACAUCUGAUAUGGAAUACGGUAAAAACGUCUCUCAGACUUGAAAACCUAGAAUCAGAGGAUGCGGCCAUCUUGGAUACUUUACCUGAUCCCCAUGAAGAGUUAACUACUUCACGAAAAUGUAUGCGGCUAAUGGGGGGAUUUGCGUGCGCAUUUGCUGUGUAUUGCCUGAUGUUGAUGAUCGCGGAAUGCGCCGGCUUCUGGGUUGAAGUAAUUGUUUACGUCAUGAUGGGAACAAUUGUAAACGCAAGUGCUGCUUUGAAGUAUCUCACGAUUGUUCUACUUUUAGUGUUCUACUCUUAUGACUGUUAUAAUAGCGUCUACAACAAAUAUCUUAAACUUAACACCGAACUUUUCCCAGAGGUAAAGGACCGUAUACCGAAUUUGAGCGAAGUGAUCGCGCUGCCCUCCGAGCUACAGGACAAUUUUGGUCUCAAAUCUAAGGAAAACGAUGAACAAUUAGAACAUGAGGAAAUGGACAAUAUAUACACUGAUGAGGAAUCACAAAGCCUUAACAAAAGUAAACAGAACGGGUUAGCGUGGAAUAUCAAUGAUUUGAUCUUGUUUGUGGACCAAGACGAUAUGCCUCGUAUACCUCGUAAGUUGUUCGAGGAGAUUUGCGACAUUCAAAUUCACGGCGCACCUGGGCCUGUUCACCUCGCAUUACUAGCAGCAACUGGGAAGUUUUUCACCAUCAUUGUGUUUUUAUUGUUUGUGUUCGUGGUUGUCAUGGCAUUCGGAGACGUCUACCAAGUGUCGGGAACCAAUCAGACUCUGGCGACUCUCGCCGGGGGUCUCGUACCGUUUUUACUGCGACAGAAAAGUAAAUUUGCUAGUCAUGGUGCUUCUGGUAUGGACUCAAUAAGUUUUAGAAAUAAAGUUGAUGAAGUCAUUUUGAAUUUCAAACAAACAUGGCCGAUGGCUGACUUCCGAUUUGAGCGGGUUGAAGAAGAGAAAAAGCCAAGUCCUGCACCAAGUAUGAUGACAGAAAUCGGCGAAAAUGAAUACGGGAAAUACACAUCAGCCCCGGGCUCAGAGUUUGGAUCGCGCGAAAUAUUAAACUCAGGCUCUCAAAAUACGGCUAGUCUACCAGACAUUGCUAAAGCAUUUAUAAGAAACAAACAUCUCGAUAACGUCAUAAAACUUCAGCCUGUGAACCCUGCAUUGCAUAAGUUUAAGUCAUCUGUCGGUAAAGUUAUUCAUGGAAGUACACCGAGUGUUGUCGAACUAGAAGAAGAUGAACUCACUAAAUCAAGGAAUGAUAUGAUACUAGACAAAAAUGCAGAUGAAAAGAAAAGUGAAUAUCAAAUACCGGAAGUAGAUAUAUUGAUCGACCUUGGCGCCAUCUUUGAACACACUCCUUUUGAGGAAUUUAUGAUGGCGCGGACUGGUAGUUUUAAACAUUUACCGCAGGACGGCGUCAGAGUGAUGAAGAGCGAGAAAAUUGUGGAUAUGUUGCAACAACAAGAAAACAGAGUUUAACUUAGUAAUUAUUGAUGGCACAUUUAAUAUAGAUCAUCAGACCUGGUUCAAGACCCUAGCCCCGGGGGAGAUUCAGGGGAUGCAAGAUAGCCCCCCCCCCCUGACAAGUCACUUAGUAUGUUCCUUUGAAUUUUGAACCUGUUCAGUUAUACUCGUCUUCUCCAUUGAAUUAUACAAUCAUCUAUAUUGGCAUAAUUAUCAAACAGGACCAGUAUAGGGACAAACUAAGUGAAAUAAUAUAUGAGUAUUUCAUUGAUUUAUUUUGUUUGGAAGAA